AUGGUUUCCACAAGAAAACUGAGAAACCUAAUCAAGCGCAAUGCCAAGAUUGAUGAAGAUUGGAAUGAUAAGGAUGCAACAGUUGUACAUAGAAGUAGAGUGCGAGAUCGAAGUUACAGUGAUUGUGAGAGUAACGGUUCACCGGAAACUUCUAGGAAUCCACAGAAGCCUAAUCUUCCCAAACUUCAGUCUAUGUCGAAGACAUCUGAUACACGUUGCCCUGAUCUAUGGCAAUCUCAGUCUGAUUCAUCGAGCUAUGGAUGCCUUUCUUUGUUGAAGGAGAAAAUUCCUAGAGAAUCAUCAGCACACAUUAAGGGAAGCAAAGACAAUGAAUCCGAUGACAAGCCUAGUGCUCCUGCAACAGUACAAUUAUUUGAGGAAAAUGCUAACUCCAUAAAAAGGAAGAAGAUUAAAAGGCUGUCAGGAAUUGCAAAUAAUGAGAUGGUUACUAGGAAAAGUGCUAGACUUAUGAAAGAUCCACACCAUGAUGGGAGUACUAUUUCUGAAGUAGAGCAGAAAGAUCCACGUAAUGAUGGGAGCGCUAUUUCGGAAGUAGAAGCCAUGGAUAAUAUGGACGUAACACAAAAUGCAUUAACUCAGAAAUCUGACUCGAUGUCGAAGGCUAUAAGCAGUCACAAAUUAGGCAUUUUGAAAGCACUUGCUCCAGAGUAUAAGCCCUCUGAGGUUGUUGCUGAUUACCGCAACAAUAUUACCAACCCAGUGAAUAGCGUUGUUGAUCUUAAGGACAAGCUCCGGAGAUGGUGCAUGUCUGAAUGGUGCUGCACUGCAAUUGAUUACCCAUGGUUUCCCAAGAACGAUUUUUUUGCCGAGUACUUGAAUUUGGGUCAUGAGUCAGCGAAGAAUGAAUUUGUCAAGUGCCUGAAUCAAGUUGAGCUGGGACAUGCGCCAAAGCUGACUCGUGUUGAGUGGGGUGUUAUUACGAGUUCUUUUGGAAAGCCACGUCGAUUCUCGAAGCAGUUUUUACAGGAGGAGAGAGAAAAGCUUUCUCAGUAUCAUGAGUCAGUUGGACAACAGUAUCCUGAUCUUCAGUCUGUUGUUCGAGAAGGCCUACCGACUGACCUUGCUCGGCCUUUAGCAGUUGGACAGGGUGCUAUAGCCUGUCAUCCCAAAACAAGGGAACUUCAGGAUGGCAGUGUUUUGACUGUUGACCGUAAUCGUUGCCGGGUUCUUCAAAUUGAUGGGUCGGAGCUAAAAAACGGUUAUGAGUUUGUGAUGGGAACCAAUAUGCAGAGGGAAGUGACACACCUAAGGUGGAAGAUAAUGUGCGAGGUUAGUUCGUCGAGGGUGAACAUACGGGACCUCCCAGGGUACUUGCUUGCCAACGAUUGGUAGGCCACAGGUAGUUUGUGCCUUUGUGGGGAUUACGGUGGGUGGCAGGAGAGUUAGUAGGUACUGACAGGAUCGUGCAGAAUAACCGUGUAUAGGUUAAC